AUGACCUUAUAAAACCUCAGGUUCCUGUAAAUACCUCAAAGAGAUCAUUUGACACGUGUGCAGUGUCGGAGGAGAACCAGCGAACCAUGGGUCCCCUCGCUACGCCUAAAAAAGGAAGAGAGGGAGGUUCUGUUGACCCCUGGACACCGACCUCCAACCUUAAAAUGCUCAUCAGUGCUGCUAGUCCUGACAUCAGGAACCGGGAGAAGGAGCUGUGCAUGGACCCUGAGGGACGGGAAGGUCUCGACUCUGCACAGGACGCUGAAAACGCAGAAGAGUCUGAGAGAAUGAUCAGCAGAAAAGAAAAGAGUUUGGGUUUGCUUUGUCACAAGUUCCUCGCCCGCUACCCAAAUUACCCAAACCCCGCCCUCAACAAUGACAUCUGUCUGGACGACGUGGCCACUGAGCUCAAUGUGGAGCGCCGGCGCAUCUACGACAUCAUGAACGUGUUGGAGAGCCUGCACAUGGUGAGCCGCUCGGCCAAGAACCGCUACACGUGGCACGGCCGCUCCAAGCUGGCUCAGACCCUGGCCAUUCUGAAGCGGGUGGGCGAGGAGCAGCAGUACGGUCAGCAGAUGCAGCAGAUCCGGCAGCGUCUCCUGGAAGAGAAGGAGAACGAGGAGGUGGUGGAGUUGGAGAGCACCGAGCAGGGACAGAAGGAGCUCUUCUUCGUGGAGCUUCCGGGAGUAGAGUUCAAAGCAGCCUCUGUCAACAGCCGGAAGGACAAAUCUCUGCGGGUGAUGAGCCAGAAGUUUGUCAUGCUCUUCCUGGUGUCUUAUCCUCGUGUGGUCAGUCUGGACGUGGCUGCGAAGAUCCUGAUCGGAGAGGACCAAGGCGCAGAUCAAGACAAGAACAAGUUCAAGACCAAAGUGCGGCGGCUCUAUGAUAUAGCUAAUGUGCUGCGUAGCCUGAAGCUCAUCGAGAAGGUUCACGUGACAGAAGAGCGGGGGAGGAAACCCGCCUUCGAAUGGGUCGGCCCCGUAGAAUUCCCACAAGUCAAAGACUUGGAGAGCUCUGCGACUGAAUGUCCAGCCAAGAAGAAAAAUGUUCUGGAAUCACGUGCGUCUGUGGACAACUGUGCCAAAAAACUCUUUUCGUCACCCGGGGCUAAGCGCAGUUUCACCCGGCACCCCUCCCUCAUAAAGCUGGUAAAGAGCAUCCAGGACGACCGACGCAAGAUCAACUCGGCCCCCACCAGUCCCGUCAAGACCAGUGAUUCAUCAAACACAGACAUCCCGAACAAAAUGGCCCAACUUGCUGCGAUCUGUAAGAUCCAGCUCGACCAGGAGUCUGUGUCUGGAGGUAAAAACCUCAAACCUGCUGCUGCUCAGGCAGACGCAGCCGCCGCGAGGCUCGAGCCAGCCUCGUCUAAUUCAAUGGAACCGCCUCAAGCACAGUUACAAACGUCAACCCAGGAGCCUGGAGUCAACACUACAGUCCACCUAACCCCCCAUCACCCACUGGCAUUACAGUCCGCAGGCUCCUUCUCCUACAUCCCCACACAGUGCUCGCCCCUGAUCCCGGUCCUGUUUCCUCAGCAGCGGGGGAGCGGGCCCUACGCUGUGUAUCUUCAACCGUCUUCCCUCAGGUCAAACCCUCUGGCCAGGCCGCAGCCGACCAGCCUCGCCGUGCGCUCCAUGACCUUUGAGGAAAAAAGCGGACAGAGCCCACAUGCGCCGCCUGCCAGCAUGGCGUCAGACUCCAGCCCCGUGGCGCUCAAACGGCUGCAUCCAGAUCCAGCUUUGGAGAGCAGCUCGUCUAAAGUCAAGAGGACCGACCCAAACUUUAAGGACACCUCUCCGAAGCUGUGUGAGAUCCUGCAGGCCCGUCUGAAAGCCCGUCGUGGCGACCAGCUCUCGAGCCGGCCCUCGCCCCGCGUCCUCCACCUGGACCCUGAGUUUGUCAACACCCCCACUGGUGCUGUGGCCAAUCAGACGCUAGAACAGAGCUUGGAGACCCUCCUGGACACAGAGGACAAGACUGUCAACUCUGACAGUGAGGCGGGAUUGACUCCAGUCAGAGCUGUGCCCCUCACACCCGGACAACUCCACACAGAGACUUUAGUACCGGCCGGAUACCUGAUCCCAAUCUCCCAGCAGUCCCUCAUCAGCUACAGGGAAAAUAAAGCUUCAGGCGGAGAAAGCAACAAGACCUCAACCCCCACGUACAUUUACCAAACACCAACCGCAGGCUCCAGACCUGCCCUGGCCCAGGAGAUCACACCCACCAGCCUUCGCCUCCACAGACCCACUGCUGCAGACUCUCCGCGCCCCUCGCAGCAGGCUCACCACCUCCACAACCCCAGUCCGGCCAUCCUCAACUUCACCCUGCAGAACCUGGGCCUGAUCUCCAGCCCAGGAAACGCCUUCGCUACCCCUCAGACCCCAGAGCGCACCAACACCCUGUCCAGCCCACUGCCGGCCCCGCUGUCUCUGCAGCAGAGAGGCAUGGUCUUCAUCAAACCCGUGUCCCCUGUGCCUGUUCACCAGUCUGUUCCUGCACACCCAGUGACGCUGAUCAGUGUACAACAGCCGCUGAUGACCACCCCCAAAGGGACCGUGCUCCCCCAGCACAGCUUCUUCCACACGCCCGGCCCCCUGUCGCCUCUGGCCGCCAUGGUAACCACGGGCGGACACGCGGCCUCCCAAACAGUUUACAUCCCUCAGAGGAAGCUGGACGUGGCCUCCGAGGAGUCGUGAAGGGAAACCCUCUGGUGUCUGUGUUGAUUAUGUGUGUGAGUGCUGCGUCUGUGUGGUGGUCAGUUGCUCGGGUUGGUGUUUUUUGUUUCAUUUGGUCUGUUUAGCAUGUUACAGUAUUCAUUACCUCGGAGUAUUUCACAACGGCGUCGGUUCUCAUCCCAGUCGGUUCUAAAAAUAAACUGCCAGACUGGGACUGUGGCCCAGUGGACACACGGAACGGAGAUUUCAAACCAACUUCACCGGCAACACUGUUGUCAUUGUGAUGCCAGGGUGAAAUUUACAUAAACUAAAGGAACAGAAUUAUAAUUUUUGUUUAUUUUUGUUGUAUCAAAUCUUUUUCUUCUAAUUACCACGAGUAGUAAAAGUAAAAUCUAUAAAUAGCGCCACACGCAGCUCGGACGGAUGUUUUGAACUGAAGAGACGAGUUUGAUUGGAAACAUUGUUGACUGAUAAUUUUAAUAAGAUGAAUUUACUUUUGCACAUAUGUACAUGUUAACUGUCGCCCCCUUUUUAAAAAAUGGAAUUGUCAAGAAUAUGUGAAUACUUGAGACUAAUCAAAAGUUUUGAUGAGUUUAAUUUAUAAGCAAAUGACAAAUUGUUUUUGAUGUCCUGCGAAAUGUAAAAUGCUAAAUAAAUUUUAAUCUGUUUUUUCUAA